AUGGGGAGGGCGAUUCGGGCCAGGGAGAUGGACUCUUGCACGGCGAGGGAGAGGUGGGCCGCUGUGGGCUUGGAGGGUUUGUCCGUUUGGUGGUGGGCCGGUGUUGUUGGGCUUUGGGGGAUGAGGGGAGUGUGGAGGUCCGGCUCAUGGGCUUUGGGAGGAAUAAGGUGGCUUCCUACCCUUGACCUUCUUCGGGUCGACGGGGAGGUAGGUGGUCGUUCCCUCUUGAUGAAUGGGGGCGUCCAACUCCCCCUCCACGUCACCUCUGGCUACUCUGACAACCUUUUUCUUCGCCCCACCUUGGCUAAUGUCACUGGGGCAGGUCACUUCUUGCCCACUCGUCCCGUCGGUCUGCCCAUCACAAGCCGACCUCGCGGGCUCAGUCCUAACCACGACUUAGCCGACGUGCUCGAGUUCGACUUGUUAAUAUUAAUAAACAAAUCAAAUUCAAACUCGAUUAUUGACUCGGGAGGUCAGCUUAGGUUGACUUGUUCACACCUAUAUCCUACCUCCAUUCAUAAGGAAAAACAGCAUCGGUUCUUGGUGGAAAUGGAAUUUGAUAAGCAUCACGCAAUAGUGGGUCGGGCAAGUGGGCCGUAG